AUGAUCUGUUCUCUCAACGACCCGUUUCCCAAAAGACACGUUUGUGCAGCGAUCCGUUCCCCCACCGACCCGUUCCCCACCGACCCGUUCCUCACCGACCCGGGCGUACACGACGCACAGCUUCGUGUGCCGGCUGGGGCUGACGUCGUUCGACCAGAUCCCCGAGCAGCUGGCCGAGUUCUGCUACGUGUCGCACACCACGGUGCGCUCCGUGUCGCUGGCCAACGCCGCGCGCGACGACCCGCCCGAGAAAUACGUGAGCCACGCCCCCCGCCCCCGCUCGCGCACCGGCUGCACACGGGAGACAGACAGACACGGAUACAGAGAAGGGCUUUAACAGGAGGAGGGACAGGGAGAGACAGAGGGGCGCAGAGGGAGAGACAGAAAGAGCCAAUGACUGAAGAGACGCAGAGGGAGAGACAGAAAGAGUCAAUGGCUGAGGAGAGACAGAAAGAAGAAACACAUAGGGAGAGUCAGAGAAGGACUUUGAGAGAACAGAGAGGGACAAAAGAGAGACAUGAAGGUAGAAUGAGAGAGACAAAGACAGAAGAGAGAGGGAGAGAGAGACACACAAGUCAUAGGGAGAAAGAACGUGAGGCACAGAGAGAUACACAGAGAGGCAGUGCCACAGAAGGAGAGACAGAGAUAAUGGCUGAGGGAGAGAGGAGAGGGAGACGCAGGAGAGACAAAGAUACAAUGACUGAGGGAAGGGUGGGGGCAGAAACUUAUAUUGACAGACCAUACAGAGGGAAAGACGGAAAAUCACAGAGAGAGAGAGACACACACACAGAGGGAGAGAAUAGGAGAGAUCCAGAGGGAGAGACGGAGAGAGACAGAGGGCCAAGAAGGGCAGAGGGACAGACAGGGACAGAGAAGCACAAAGAGAGAGACAGCGGGACUAAGAGUGAAAGACAAAGACAAAAGGAACAGCACAGAGGGAGAGGUAACAUAGACAGAGAGAGGCCAAUGACAGAGGGACAGAGGGAGAGACAUAGAGGGACAGAGACAAAGACAGAGGAAAGAGAAGUUCAAUAA